AUGGAGCAAUUUCAAGGAUAUGACACCCCCAGAGUAGGCCUGGAAAAGAGCAAGAGAGAUAUCCUAAAGCAUACCAAGAGGGCAUGGAUCCCACUGGAUGGGCAUCUGCUUCCUGGCUCUGAGGAGGAAAACCCAAUGUUCACCAUGUACAUGCAAGAAAAUUCCAAACAGGAAAGUAUCCAGCAGUGGCUGAACUCCGGGUUCUUUGUCUCUGCAAAUGAAAGCUUCCAGCAAGCCAUCAACCAUUCUGCUUCUUUGCAUGAACAAGGAAUAGUUCAAAUGACUGUGAAAGACUACAUGAGAUCUCUGCAUCAGUUCUCAGAGACUCCUACCCUGUCCAGAGGGACUAGCUUCAACUCUUGCUAUUCCACCACAGGUGUACCCCAAAGCAUUCCUGAAUGGCUGGAAUUUUGGGAAAAAGAUCCAGUGGAGAUUCUUUUGGAUCUGGGCUUUGGUGCUGAUGAACCAGAUAUCUGCACACAAAUUCCAGCCAGGUUCCUUGGUUGCAGCUCAGCAGCCAGAGGAAUUAACAUUCGUGUUUUUCUUGAAGCACAGAAGCAGCGGAUGGACUUUGAGAACCCUGAUUUGUACGGCCGGUUCCGACAGUUGGAAAUCCUGGAUCAUGUGACUGAUGCCUUCUCAUCUUUGCUGAGUAGUAUUAAUACCCUACAGAGCCAGGAUGAAGAAAAAGCUGGAAGACAGGGUGUGCAAAGCCCCUCGUCAAGUGGAGCUAAAGGGAAUCUGAGAAGAAUGAGUCAAAUUUUAAGGAGGACUUCAAGACAGUACAGCAGGAGGGAUGGUAACCUAGCACUGUCAGAAUCAUUCAAAAUGGAACACGGGAUUUCUACUCUACCUACCAAGCAAUGGGAGCAUAGAGUGGGGCUACAGGUGGCUUCCCAUAGUGAUGAUGGAAGUCAAAUGUCUCCUUCAACAGAACAUGAUUCUGCCCAAGCCUGCAAUGGCUUGUCACCUUGUCUUCCUCCACAAGCUCUUCUGGACAAGCAGUGUCCUCAUGUCUGUUUGUCUGAGGGCUCAGUUAGGAGGAGAACCUGGAAAGAGAAAUGGAUUCAUAUGGACAAACUCAAAAACUUGUCUCAGAUUGUGAGUAAAGGACCAGACUCCUUUGAAAUGGAAGAGGUCCAGAGCUUUGAAGAAGACAUUGGCAACCCUCUUAACCUGACCUCAGGAAUUGUAGGCACCCGAGUGGACAGAACAAACAGCUGUCAGUCCGACAGCAGUGGGUUUUUGGAGGAGCUGCCAGAGCCUCAGCCCUUCCAGGUAUCUUCCUUACCAGGCAGCCAGAGUCCCAAGGAAUGUAGAGGUAGCAUACCAAGGGACCAGAGUCAUAGCCCAGCAUCAUGGCAAGACUCUCAGCAAGAGUCAUCACAUGACUCUAAAUCCAAGAACAUGGUGGUCUCAUCUUUGUCAAGCCCAGAUACAAGUGUCUUGAAAGGAAAGCCCUCAGCAUCUGUGGUGGAGGAAGAGCUUCAACUCAAUGCCAUUAUAGGGCCACCAGAGACAGUCAACCAGGAUAAGACCCUCACCAAGACGAUCCCAGAGGGAGAACAUCCAGAGAGUGUUGUUGGAUCUGUCAUCACUUCUACAUGCAAUAACACAACGGGGGUCAUUGUAACUCAUGUCACAGAAGAGGAAGAUAGGUCUCUGAGGCAUAACAGUACUGUGAAAAUGCUGAUACAAAGGCACUGCUUUGAGUCACCAAGGUCGUCGAGGACCGACUGGACUCCAGACAAUCUCUAUCAUGUGGAUUCGGAGAUCGCAGGAACAGAGGGCAGCAGCAAAGUAUGCCGUGACACCCAGCAAAACUCACUGGUACAAGAGAGGCCAGCACAGCUCCCUCACCAACACAGAAGAGCCAUGCCACAUAAAGGUGACCUUGUUCAGGACUUUGAGAAGUCAAUUCCCCACCUUGAUAAGCCACCUGGAGAUGUUCCCACUGACUCAAAUGUUGCCAGCUCUUGCUCUGUGACAACCCAGAUGUCCUCCAGUCGGGUGUCAGCUGUUCAGAGUGCUGCGGGCUUGGGGACCUAUAAUACAAGAACAGCUUUUGAAUGCACUCCAUGUGACCCCAUUAAUACAACAGACCUGAGCCUGCAGACAGGAGCAAGGCAGGUCAAUGAUGUUGCUGUUCAGACUUAUGCAUGUGAAUGCAAGCCCAGGCCCUCACCUAAUAAGGCCUUAAUUCAUGGACCUAUGCCCCUCACCAAAUCCAUCUCUUUGGAUACAGGUUUUCCUAGCAUCUCCCCAACAGGUGUCUGCCACAUCAUUCCUGCCCACUGUUGUGUCUGCUGUCAUCACUGUUCCAAUUGCCAAGGGAGGAGGCAAAGUCCUGGCCCAGAACCCUCUAUAUGCAGGCAUUUCCUGUAUUCACACACAGAAGAUCCUGAAGCUCGGUUCAUGAAGACAUUGAAAAUACUUCAGGACACCACUGUGAGGGACCUGUGCUCUUGCACGGUCUAUGAGAUGGAAACCAUGAAGCUAGUGUGCCAGAGUUUCUGGGAGCACUUAGAAGAACUCGAACAGCACUUCAUGAGACAGCAGGCACUCUUUCCCAGGGACAUAUCAGAAGAGGAAAGGGAAGAGGCUGAGCACCUGAGGAUUUUACGGGAGGCCCUGAGGCAACAGGUGGCAGAGCUGGCGUUUCAGUUAGGAGACCGAGCCAGGCAAAUCAAAGAAGGGAUCCUACUGCAGCUAGACCUUCUCUCAGAGGAGCUACCUGACCAUUGUGCAAAUCUGCAACAAUGCAACUGGACAGAAGGAAAGCAUGGCCAGAGGUCAUGUGUUCAAACUCACAGUGUGGUCCCUGAGGCUGUCCUUCCUGCCAGCAGUGGGCUGCAGACUCCCUGCUCUGGGGUGACUCAGCUGGUUGCUCUUGGUCCCUCUGACCAUGAGACCAAAGGCAGAAUCUCUCUACAGUCACCAGCUAUGACAGAAUCAUGUCCAGGUCCUUCAGCAAGUCAUAGUGAAGAGAAGUGUCUGUUAGACCAGGGUGUGUCUGAUGACCUUUGUACAAAAUGGGAGAUCCCAGAACAGUGGUAA